AAAGUACGAUACAAUUCUCCGGGACCAGGCUCCGCCGAGGUUGCUUCUGGCGUUUGCUGUUAUACCACGGAACCAUCUAUUCCGGAUGUGUCAUGCGGCCCCUCUGACCUUUCUACGUCUCCAAUUAUACCCGAUAGCCCACCUCCAUUAUUGCCGCUCCACUGCGAGGCGAGAGAGACAAUUCGCUUAGGCUCAAGCAUUACAAGCGCCGUCCCAUCACCUUUUGUAGGACGAUGUAGGUCGGAUCGUGGAGACAUUGUAAUUCCUGGAGCCAAGUCCAUUGUAUAUUUGCCGGAGCAUACCACUACUGGUUCAAUGAGAACACUGGCAGCAGACCAUCCAAACACUGGAAUAAAGACCAUCGUGAUUGGUCGGCCCUCAGGCGAGGUGCGGUCGCUAGAACCUGGAGUGGAUUUAUCACACCAGCCGUCUGUACGGCUGGCCGCGCCAGCAGUACUUGUUGCCUCUGCUUGUGUGCCUGCGUCUGUCGGAGUCUGUAUGCUCGAUGGUAGUAGCCUAACCAGAAUCCCGGCCGUGACUACUUUCCUGCGACCCACUCCUUUGCCUCCUUGCGACUCUGGCACACCUGCUUGCCUCCACGCCGCCAGCUCGGCCGGCCACCGGGCUUUACUCGGUUGGCCGUGUUGCUCCAAUGCUCCGGUGGCAAAACCAGCCCUGAGUCGUCGCGACGAUAUCCGACAGCCGAUCAGCCAUGCUGAUCCGGCCCACUCUUUGGAUACAUUAGCCGCCGAUCCGAAGACGGCUCAUCCGUCCUCGGCUUCCGACUCUUUUUCGCACACGUCGACUCAACCUAUGCCCGAGCCAGCCGAUCCUCCUCGACUCCUGGCCACCUGUCUCGAGCCCAUAUUACAACCACAGGGUGCUUUAGUGGCAAUUUCGCGUCCUGCUUUUCCGUCGAAUAACAAGCAAUCCCUACCGACACCAUUACCUCUGUCGGUCCAGCCGCGUCUGGCCAGCUCUUGCAUUGUUGGUAUGCGAGAGCCGCCCGAUGGUGCAGCAAUACCGGCUCAGAUUGAAAAGCAUGCUGGUAGCGUCGACGACGAGUCCGGAUAUUUGGAGAGUGGAAAUUUAAUCACUGGAACCGUGAGAAUGAGGCAAUCGCAUCAGCUUAAUAAGCUAGACCCCUAUCCGUAUCAGCAUAACUAUUUUUCUGGGACGCUGGAUCAUCGGAUCUGCCCCAUCACCUGUCGACUGAGUUCAUAUGGGCAGAUGCAGGAAGACGAAAUAGUAGAACCGGAGUGUGGAGUGGCGGCUACCAAAAGAACCGCAUCCCAAUCGAGCAACGAAUUUUCUCCAAAAAAGAGCCGGAUUCGUCACCUUGUCCCUAGUGAACACAGCGCCUUUCUACCAGUCUGUCGAUCCAGCUUCCCUCCAAGUCUCGCACCUGCAGUCUGUUCUAUCAGCCAACGACAGCAAAGUACGAUGAAUAUCCACUCACCUAUCACAGUCCCUGCACGAUCACCGGCUUUACAGAGUCAUUGCUACCGACGCGACAAUCACUACAUUAACCCCCUCUGUGAGACUCUUUCACUACAUUCAUCCACCAGUGAUUACGACGGAAUCAAGGUUACCGGCUCCAAUGACAUAUUUUCAGGUCAAGUUGCUGAUCAAAAAAUGAUAGAUAUAAAUCAUAUCGCCCUUACCGCUAAUGUCCAGCCUGGGACGAGAGAUCUCUUCGGAUCUCGAUCUCCAGAACACUAG